AUGGACGCAUUUCCCAGUCCACCGACACAACACAGCUUAUUUGACGAAGAACGUUUAAGAGCCGAGAGAAAACGACAGAAGAAGCAAGCCAAAUUGCAGAAAUCCUCAAAACCCGAAAGAUAUCACCACACACCGGCAUUUGCGGCUCAAUCGUUUGCUUUGACUGCGACACCAGAAAUCUUCUACAAAACAGAGCAAACCCAUAAACUCUCAAGACCAAUACUAGAUCAAGCGAAAACUCGACGGAACCGGGCACCCAGGGUUGUUCAACCUUUUGACGACAGAUCAUCCGGCGAGUAUGAUCGAAAUAAUAUAAUGAACGGUGCAACAGAAAAUGGUCGACAGACACCAACUUGGGGAACAUGGGGGCGAGAAACCCCAAGAUCACCACCACCAAAUCGAUUCAUGACACCAAGUCCCCACUAUGAACUAUUUUCGAGCACAAUUCUAAAUCAAAAUACGGCUGGAACAGCUGGAAGACCUGCUAUCGCUCCAGAAACAUUUACACGGGGACGACCAGAUUGGUCUGAAAUGGACGAAAAGGUUACAAAUAAAGGUUUACGAAGAUCUGGAUCCCUCCAUUCUGCAAAAUCACAAAGACCUGGAACUCAAUCGACCAAAUUCACCACCGUUCUUAAGGGGAAUGCUGUCUUGAGGGUACCACGAGCUGGAGACGCUGAAUCCAUAUAUCAGGGCCGAGGAUGUGUGCCAUGGCGAAUCCGUGCAAUGUAG